GGGAGGCCGGAUGCCCUUUUUUAUGACGGGUCCGCCCCUCCCUUUCUUGAUCCGGAGUGGGCGGAGUGACGGGAUAGUUAAUGAAGAAGAGUCCUAGUCGUCGGCAGAACUUUGUGGAAGCUGCGGCUAAAAGAGCGACUAUCUUCUCUUCCUAUUGAGAAAAACAAAAGACAAACCAUGGCUGAGUCUCCGGCACGCCAAGAUGAUUUCGAAAGCCGGGAGGAAUCACCCCUCAUUUGGAGAACGCCUGUUUCCAUCAUCAAGGUUGUUGAAGAGGAGAAAGAACCGCCCGAGGCUCCCAAGAAACAGAUAAAUUAUAUUUGCCGUUUUCAAGCUCCACCCAAAGGGGAACUUCAAAGAGAGUGGUUUUUUGAUGAGGCCAGCCGCACCGGAUAUUUUGGUUACGUCUUCAUGUACGAGCUGGGGGAGCUGUGGAUGUAUCAGAGAGACGGUGUGAAUCCGUCCGGAUGCUUGUUGAUGGCGGCCGCGUUCACCUCCAAUGACUGGUCCGUGCUCAGACUGAUGAUGCUGGAUAGAAAGGACUCAGACACCGAUGAAGAAGAAGAAGACAACUCACCUCCGUCUCCGAAGCAGUCAAAAAUGGAUGACGAGCGGAGCUCUGCAGAGCCUAUGGAACCCCGCAAGUCCGGAACAACGUUCAGCGCGCUCUGGCAAACAAAGUCUUCUUCCAGCGAUCAUUGUUUUUUUAGAGUCAGCGUGCAUCGUCACAAAGAAGAUGAGGCCUUUUUUAGGUUGGAAAGUUUCAACUCCAGCUGCGGGGUGUACCGCACAAUGUUCGAGGUUCCCUUUAACUUUUGGCAGGAAAAGAUUUUGGAGGUGGAGGCUGAAAUCACGGAGCUCUUCCAUAGCUGCCGUGACUGGAGCGACAAAAUGGUUGUGAAGAAAGCUUUGCAAUUUUAACCCGACCCUCCUUCGAGCUACCCCUCCCUACCCCCAGACCACGCCUCCUUCAAGCACCACCCUUUAACCCGCCCUUUUUUUUUUUUUUGGAAGCCCUGCCCACUCGGACUUUAAAAGCGUGGCGAUACGGAGGACGGCUUUAAACCUUUGCCGACCGCCGACCCACCAGCCAAAAAGGACUGAACCUAAAGACGGGAGUAUGCCGCGUGGUCAGAGACGUCUUACAACUAUCUGGACACCUCUGACUCCUUCACCAUCACCGACCGAUCAAGGCAUGCUUUCUUCUUCGGGGACGCCUCCAGACUUGGUCGGUUUUGACUCGUCCCAGGACCUCUUUGCCGAAGUGCCCGAACCCUCCCAAGAGGUCCAGAUGGAAGAGGCUGAAGCUGCCCAGAGCCUCUUUGCUGAGGAGGCUUCCCAGGGGUGGGACGACGGGGCUCCGAGUCUGCCCGGCUCUUCCUCGGGAUCUUAUGCCUGCUCCCGAUCGCUCCUGCAGGGUAUGGUUCCUCCAAACCUCCGAGAAAAGGCGGAGGAAGGAACCGGACAGGGACAAUGAGGAUCUGUGGGAGGUGGACCACCCCACGAUCGCACGUCCCAUCAGGCGGAGAAAGGCGGAAAAAGGCCCUGAAGCAUUGGUUGUGGAUGUACCCGAGGGCCUGAAAGUGGACCGAGAAAAGGCUGAGGAAAGCGUCGACGAACAAGGUGUGGAUGUACCGGGGAACGUGGAUGUGGAGCGUCUGAAAAAGAACCAAGACGAGGGGAGCUCUUCUACCGCUUCACCCAUGAUUCAGGAGAAAGAUACCGUCUUCACCCGUUUCAUCCGUGUGGUCAAGGCGGCCGCUUACCAUUUCCUCGACCACUGCGUGAGCGAUCUGCGUAAAGAAAAAUGCUACGGAUGUCAGGUUGACCAUCCGAGCCAGACCCAACAUCCCUGCUUGUUUGACAUUGAAGACGGAUUUAUUGACAUCCACUUUCAGACUCUGGUUAAGAAACUGCUGACUCCUGAAUAUACCCAAGCCGUCAGAAUGCUGCUGUACAAGGAAGGAAUUCUCUUUGACGAUUCGAGGAUCCUGGGAGUGACCGACGCUCUGCUGUACGAACUGAAAUUUGCUGCUCGCCAUACAGGAGGCGAUGUUGUGAAGAUCAUGCACGAACGAAUGAUCAAGUUCAAGGAGGCUGAAUUUGAAUCGGAUGAACUGGAUCGAGCGACAAAGAUUUGGAGAGGUCAGCCUUUCUAUACCCCCCGGUUACUUUUUUAUACAAGGCAUUUGAAUUGAGAGCUGUAACUUUUACUCAAAUUUGCUUUUUCUUUAUAGUUCAAGUUUUGUUUUUUUAAAAUGGUUGUAUGUAACUCACCAUUAUUGUAGAUUAGUUUUUUUUUUAAAACAGGUAGGUCACUCUUUAUUAUUGUAGAUUAUUUUUUGCUUUUUUUUAAACGGUUGUAUGUAACUCGCCGUUGUUGUAGAGUAGUUGUGUUUUUACAAAAAAAAA